AUGGCUUUCUCCUCAGCAGUCCUCGCAGCGCACCCUAUCGAUGCCUCACGCUGGACACACCACAGACCUGCUAUCCGCCCAGACGCCAAUCCCCUAGACGCCGGCGGCGAACAAGGCAUCAAGCUCCACUACGUCUCCUGCCGCCCUCCCUUUGAGGCGGAGAAGAAAGGCACCAUCCUCCUAAUCCAUGGCUUCCCACAAACCUGGUACCAGUUCCGCCGAGUUAUCACGCCGCUCUCUGACGCCGGAUACCACGUCAUUGCGCCCGACUACCGAGGGGCAGGAGAUAGUACGAAGCCAGCGCAGUAUGAGGCUGUAUUUACCAAAGCGGUUAUGGCGGAGGAUCUGAGGAUUUUGGUAAGGGAGGUCGAGGGGGUGGAGGGGAGAGUGCAUGUUGUGGGGCACGACAUAGGCGGCACGGUCGCUCAUGCAUACGCCACUCAGUAUCCGGAAGAGACAGCUUCAGUAUGCUGGGGCGAAUGUCCGAUCCCUGGCAGUUCGUUUUACGAGCACCACAAACGAACUCCGCAGUUCUGGCAUUUCUCGUUCCACUCCAUCCCCGACCUCCCAGAACUCCUCAUCGCCGGCAGAGUCAAAGAAUACCAAAAACACUUCUUCGACCGCCACUGCCAGGACCCUUCCGCACUUACGCUUGAAGACCGCGAAGUCUACGCUCAAGCAUACUCCGGCAGUGGCGGCAUGCGAUGUGCUUUGAAUGUGUAUCGGGCCUUCGAGCGAGAUGCUGUGCAGAACUAUACAUGGGUGAAGGAGAAAGGGAAGUGUAAAGUGCGUUGUUUGACGCUUUGGGGCGGUGCCAGUUGGAUGAGUGAGGCGGAGGCGAGGAAGAUGGGGGAGGAGUGUUACGAUGAUGUGGAGUAUGCUGAUGUUCCCUGUGCUGGGCAUUGGAUUGCGGAGGAGCAGCCGACGGGGUUCGUGGAUGCGGUGUUGGAGUGGGUGGAGAAACACUAG